AUGGCAGCUUGGCUCAGUUCAGAAUACCUGGAAAAUGCACUGCGUCGGCAUUACCAGAAUCCCAAACUUCGAGUGGAAUCUGUGGAUAUAAAACCGGCCCUGGGAAAAGGAGAAAACUAUGGCGCUAUAUUAACACGUAUACGCCUCGUAUACAGUGAUGGCCUGGGCGGCCAAGUUGAAGAGCAUUUGAUUGCAAAAACCACUUUGGAAGAUGAAGAUGCGGAGACCAGGAAAAAGAAAGCACCAUAUGAUAUUUACAAUCGGGAACUAGAGAUUUACGAACAGGUUUUGCCAAAAUUGCAAAAAUUAGCAGGCGAACAACUAUGCCCUAAAGUACUUCACAUUGAUCGUCAGCGAGGAGCACUAAUAAUGGAGGACUUGAGCUAUGGAGGAUUUGUUAUGGCCCCAAGACUGCACAGAUUGGAUGAGCAGCAUGUGAGUUUGGUUCUAAGAAAGUUGGCCAAAAUGCAGGCAGCUUCAGCGGUUUUGGAGGAACAUGCAAAAGAUAAUAACUUCUCCCUAACCAAAUACGAUCGCGGAUUCUUUAAUCGCUAUACGGAAAGUUUUAGUGCCUACUUUUUGGGCUGCCUGAAGUCCUGUGCCAGUCACCUGAAAAACCAGCCUGAGUACGAAAGUCAGGCAAAACUAUUAGAGGACCUAGCCCCUCAUUACAUGGGGCUGGGACUUCGCUGUUUUCAGCCCGAGGACUCGCAUAUUAAUGUCCUGACGCACGGCGACUUGUGGACAAACAACAUGAUGUUCAAAUACAAGGAGGGCGUGCCGAGCGAUGUCCUUCUGAUUGACUUCCAGUACGCAUUCUGGGGCUCGCCCACGCUGGACAUCCAUCAUCUGCUCAACACGUCGGCCGUGGAGCGAGUGCGAAGCGAGCUUCAGAUUAAGAUGAGAUGUGUCUACCACGAUGUGUUUGUGAGGGAGCUGCGGAGGCUUGGAUUCAAAGGUCAAAGGUUACACAGUCGAAAGCAGUUUCACCUAGAGUCCGAACAGAAGCGCUUUUAUGCUGUUCACUGCGGAUUGCUCCUACAGCCCGUGCUGCUGAAUACCGAUGAGACUGAUGCGGAUUUCGCCGCCCUGCUAUCGGAUCAACCCCGCGGAAUGAACAUGAAAAGGCGGCUGUAUCUCAAUCCGGACAUACAUGACUCCAUCAGGCAGCUGGUGGUGCAAUUCGAGCUAGAAGGACUCCUGGAUCCGCGGCAGUACGAAGCACUCUAAACCUGGGUGUAGCGAAUUUUUCUGCUCUUUCAUAAACUCCCCCAUUAGACUUUUCAAUUAGACGAGCUAAUAAACAUAAAACAUGGGAGCCACA